AAGUACACACUGAGGGGGGGUGUUGUCCACCAGUGACGCACAUAAACGGUUUGCCCGUACGGCGACUUGCUAGGUCGAGCUACAGCGUCCUGUCAAUAGAUCCGGUCUGAAGCAACAGUGGGAUGACGCGGGCACUGCGGUGUGCCGGUUGAACGACUGAGAUCCGCAUCCUCGGCCCUGUUCGGUCUGAAGCUGAGAUCCAUUCAGCCCCCGCAGCUGUCCACCCGGGGUCCAUGCAAACGGGUCUGCAGUCUCUAUCAAACCGGAAUCCAGAGGUGGGGGGGGGGGGGGGGGGGGCGUUGAUGCAAAGUUUUGCUGCAUCUGGGCUCCGACGAUAUCAACAUUUUGAGCUGCAGAAACUAAAUAAUAAUGAGGUUAACAAUGGCACUUGGGUUACUCACCUACAGGAAUUUAAAGCUUGUCCAUGGGAAACCGGUUAACCCCACAUGAAUGACACUCUGAAGCCCGGGGAUCCACUUUUAGAUUUUACAUAAAGCAACCUCCUCUGUGUUUUUACUCCACACUGAAUGCACCUGAAGCCGCUGACAAAAGCUGGGGUCAACUCCCUAUUUGUAAUCACAAAGCCGGUCUUUUGGGCCCCAUUAGAACCGACCAAGUGAGCUCCCCAUUGGGUAUCCUGCAGAAAUGAACACAGAGUGGGGGGAGAAAUCCUCAGCGGACCUCAUGAGCAGGUACGUCUCCAAGGAAGUAGGAUGUGGAGUACCCAAAGAGGGAUGGAGGAUCUGUCUGGCGCACGAGUUCAAGGAGAAGAGAAAGCCCUUUCAAGCGAAAGACGUGUCCCUGUCCAAUGUCCUGGAGCACGUCGGGCUUGGAUUCAGGUAUCUCAAAUGGUGGUACAAGAAGACCCAGGUGGAAAAGAAAGCACCCUUCAUUGACAUGUUUCGUGCCCAACCCUUACGUCAAAUAUACGGCGCUCCACUGGGCGGCAUUGGAGGAGGGACCAUCACCAGAGGUUGGAGGGGGGAGUUCUGCAGAUGGCAACUUAACCCUGGGAUGUACCACUACAAAACGGUCACGGCAAACCAGUUCACGGUGUGUCUGCGUCGCGGCGGGCAAACGGUUUACCAGCAGGUGCUGUCCGUGGAGCGCCCCCCCACGCUGCAGGGCUGGAACUGGGGCUACUGCGGAGAGUACGCCUUCUAUCACGCCCUGUACCCCCGCGCCUGGACGGUCUACCACCUGCCGGGGCAGAACGUCACGUUGACCUGCAGACAGAUCUCCCCCGUCAUCCCGCACGACUACCAGGACUCCAGCCUCCCAGUGGCGGUGUUCGUGUGGGACGUGGAGAACGGCAACGACUACGCCCUGGACGUCUCCAUCAUGUUCACCAUGGUCAACGGCUCGGGGCACAAGGACGACAAGAGCGGGGGGCACUGGAAUGAACCGUUCCACCUGGAGAAGGAGGGGGAGGCCGUGUCCGGGGUCCUGCUCCACCACUGCACCCCGGUGAACCCUUACACGCUGUGCAUCGCAGCCCGAGAACAGCCUGACAGGGAGGUCAGCCACCAGACAGCGUUCAGUCCGAAGGGGACCUGCAGCGGCCUGUGGAGCGACCUCAUCGCGGACGGACGUCUGGACUCUCCCACAGGAUCCAGCCCUCCGACGCCCAAAGGAGAGAAGGUGGCGGCGGCGCUGGCCGCGGGCUGCUCGGUGCCGGCGCAGGGCCGAAACCGCCUGGAGUUCUGCCUGGCCUGGGACAUGCCCACCAUCACCUUUGGCUCCAGGGAGAAGGAGCACAUCAGGAGAUACAGCCGUUACUUUGGGAGCAAAGGGGACGCGUCCCCAUCGCUCAGUCACCACGCCCUGACCCACUACAGCGAGUGGGAGAGGCGCAUCGACGAAUGGCAAAGGCCCGUUCUGCAGGACAGCUCUCUCCCCUCCUGGUACAAGUCGGCCCUGUUUAACGAGCUGUACUUCGUGGUGGACGGCGGGACGGUGUGGACGGAGCUGCCGGAGGACGCCGACAUCAGCGGCGGUGUGCGAAGCGAGGACGGGGGGCUGCCGGCUCAGCCCGCCGUCGUCAAGGAGUUCGGCCGCUUCGCCUACCUGGAAGGUCAGGAGUACAGAAUGUACAACACCUACGAUGUGCACUUCUACGCCUCCUUUGCUCUCAUCAUGCUGUGGCCCAAACUGGCGCUGAGCGUGCAGUACGAUAUCGCUGGCAGUGUAGUUCAGCAGGACCCGACGGAGAGGCUCCAUCUGAUGAGUGGGCGGUGCUCUCCGGUCAAGGCUAAAAAUGUGGUGCCUCACGACAUAGGAGACCCAGAUGAUGAGCCGUGGCAGAGAGUAAACGCCUACCUCAUCCAUGACACUGCAGACUGGAAGGACCUGAACCUCAAGUUUGUCCUGCAGGUCUACAGGGACUUUCAUCUCACCCAGGACCGUCUGUACCUGCAGGACAUGUGGCCCGUCUGCCAGGCGGUGAUGGAGUCGGAGCUGAAGUUCGACCUGGAUGGAGACGGGCUGAUCGAGAACUCCGGAUAUGCGGACCAGACCUAUGACGGAUGGACGGUGACUGGACCAAGUGCGUACUGCGGGGGGCUGUGGUUGGCGUCGCUGUGUGUGAUGUGUAAAAUGGCCCGACUGGUGGACAGCGACGAGGCGCACCGACGCUACAGGGACAUUUUGGACCGGGGCAGCGCUGCUUUUGACAAACUGCUGUGGAACGGCAAGUACUACAACUACGACAGCAGUGGAAGAGACCUCUCCAACAGUGUCAUGUCCGACCAGUGCGCCGGCCACUGGUUCCUGAGAGCGUCCGGCCUGGGAGAGGGAGACUACAAGGCUUUUCCAAAAGAAAAAAUCCAGAGCGCUCUGAAAUCCGUCUUUGACCUGAACGUGAUGAGCUUUGCUGGAGGCCAGAUGGGGGCAGUUAACGGCAUGCGUCCUGAAGGCGUGCCGGACCGCUCCAGUGUCCAGUCAGAUGAGGUCUGGAUUGGAGUAGUGUAUGGACUGGCAGCCACUAUGAUCCAUGAGGGUAUGAAGGAGGAGGGUAUGCGCACAGCGGAGGGUUGCUACCGCACCGUGUGGGAAAGGCUGGGCAUGGCCUUCCAGACCCCCGAAGCCUACUGCGAGAAGGGCAUCUACCGCUCUCUGGCCUACAUGAGGCCUCUGAGCGUCUGGGCCAUGCAGCUGGCGCUGAACUCUUCACAGAGAGAACGGGCCGGAGCCGCUGACGGGGAGCAGGAACUGGAUUUGAGAGAAUAACGGAGCUAGUGGCUGAGCUGUGUGAUUUAGAGACAUGACCUCCGAGCUCUCCUGCCGCCACCGGUCUCAUCCACACUCCCACCCACAGGGCUUUGUGCGAUCGGUAUUCUUGACCUUUCAUUUGCUAGUUUAGUAUUUUUUCUCUUCAGGUGUUUGAGGGUCAAGAUCCGACAACUGACAAAGUUACUUCCUACUGAAGUUGAUAUUAUUUGGUGAGGAAUCACAGAUGGUUUCCAACUUUCCGAUUUUUAUUUUUUUUUGUUAUGCAGUGUAAGGUGCUAACUAGGUGACGUCAAACAUUUGUGUAAUGCUGAUGCCUAUAUAAUUUCAUGGAAAAUCAUUAAUAGUAACAUAUUCAUUAAAAGAUAAUUUCAGAAGUUAAAGUGUUCACAUUCAUGAUCUUUGAGGAAUUGCUUAAUUAAGUGGUGGGAGGGCCCUUCGGUCUCUGUGGCGCAAUUGGUCAGCGCGUUCGGCUGUUAACCGAAAGGUUGGUGAUUCAAGCCCACCCAGGGACGUUUUGAGGAGAUUAAAAUAUGCACAUGCGACAUAGUUUUGAAAUAUACUCAUUUCUUAAUAAACUGGUGUUCAGGGGCUCCCCUAUCGUGCGUAAUGGUCUCUGUGGUGCAAUUGGUUAGAUACUUGUAUAUGUUAAAAACUGACUAUGAAAAACAUUGAUUGCCGAACAUUUUUUUAUUUAUAGAUUUUAGAUUAUAAAAAGGGGUCGGAGUCGGGCAGCAGGCAGACCUUUGGAUGGAUCGCUUGCUGAUACGUGUGUAGAGUCUCCAGGUGCACCUGCAGCAAAUUGCUCAUCUCUUCUAGAUAAAUGUAAACUUUUUAA